CCCUUUAGAGCUGCAACAUCACUGUAGCGUCCUUGCUCCUAGUAGUAAGGCCAACAUCACCUUGCCAGUCUUGUCACAAAACUCAGCUUAGUGCUGCACCCUUAAAGUCUUGAGGCCAUCGCUCGUAGGUUGGAGGCCAUCGGAGUUCUCCAAUCUUGGGACUGCUGUCGUUUGGGCUCAAUUGCGUUGUGCCUCAAAAGGGCAAAAUAUUGGAUCCUGACAUUUCUGACACCUGGCACGCCCUGACAAAAUGGCCUCACCCUUGAGAAGCUUGUCACGUGGCGCAAGCGCUGCUGGUGUGUCGCUGGGGGCUGCUGUGACACCUCGGAGCGCUCAGGGCGCAGCUUUGGCUCGCGCUGCCUCCAACCACUCGAUUCGAUCCGUGAGCUCUGGUGUCAGGACGCCCAAGACUCCAGUGACACCGCGCACUCCGCGGACCCCCAAUAAUGCGUUCUUCUCACCAAGCACAGGUGCAGUUGCUGGAUAUGCGAGCACAUACGUCGCUGCAGCAUGUGCACGGCGGGAGGAGUCAUGGCACUCUGGCCACUCAGAGCCCAAUUCCCCCGAACGCCAUGCUCAGUUGCUGCGCCAUCAUGAGCUGCCCAUUUUGUUGGGCCAAGCUGCCGCUGCUGUCUCCCCCCCAUCUUCCCAGCCUCGCAGCGUGCACUUUCAGGAAGAUCUCGAUUCAUUUGCCCGAUCAACACGAGAGAUGGUGAUGUCUCGCCAGCGUGCGCGGAAGGAACGCAAGGAGAUGCUGGAUAAGGUGUCUUGAUUGGCGAAGUUGUUCGCCUUGUUCAUUCAUGUACGAAGCGGGUCUCAGCAUUCGUCGAGGAUCCGUUUUUUGUCGGCUGCCAAAGGCAGUUCCACCAGGGGUGAGGUUCGAUGGAGCAUACCCCAGCAUGAGCUGCAAAAGACAUGCACAGCGCUCCUCAAUGACCCUGAAAGUCUGAUCC